GUCCACCCCAACUCAUGAUGUCUUUCACUGGAGAUAAUCAACUUUCAUCAAAAGCACUUAAAAAUCGUGAUGAGAGACUCAAUGUUUGUAGUGCGCAUAAACGUGAGGCACGAGCUAAGCUUCAAGAAACUUACAAAUGUGAUCCUUGUGCUGAUCAUUGGUCUCGUAGAGAUGAUGGGAUGGCAUAUCAAUGUGAUAUGAAACUUGUUGAACGUAAGAAAAAUUGGUAUUACGAGGGACGACCGCAAAAAGUAUUAGAACAUUAUCAGAAAGUUGCCGAUCCCAGUGAAAUUGAUGUAAUUAUUAGAAUUGGCUGGUGCUAUGAACAAGAAAUCGGA